CGAUAGUGCGGAAUUGGUGGUCUGAUGAUGAAUCUCGCGCUUCGCACCUUUGCACAAAAUGACAGACCCCCAUAGACUGCUGGAGAACUUGCGACUAUACCGGAUCUGUACAGUUCUAGGUUGAUGGUGAUUGGCUACGCCUCUAACCACAGUGCAAAACAGAGCUAUUCCAUUUCUAGUCAUGCUCCCCUCGUCUCUUGUUCGUUGCUGCGAGGCCCAGAGGUCAUAACCUGAGACCGACUUCAAUAAGUUCAGCGUCUUCCCCCGGGGACAAGAACGAGGACGACUAUUCUCUUCUCCUCAGUCUGCCUCUAUAUAGUACGGCCACGAGAAAAGCCCAUACUCGUCGAAUUCCACCCGCCAAAAUGCGCCAAUUUCGAGGCCCCGAACCGGCCAAUCCCCCCUGCUGAUCACCAAAAAGGACCUUCCCUCCUCGACACGGUUCGGAUAACCUCCGAUGCAGUCUCAACAAUGGAACGCUCCUCGCAUCCCCGAGCUGGAACUCGAUACGCGCUAAAAUGGUGCAACCAGGCAAACGGUUCCACGACUGGGCCAGUGGGCUUUUUGCAUUUCCGGACUUUGUGGAUGCGGGGUCGUGCUUUGUCGUGAUUCUCGAUCUUGACUCCUCGAUCUGAUCUGUCGUCGACUUUGCACACACUGGAGCGAAAGACUUCCACGUUGAACAUGAGUGAUGAACCACAACCUCGACUCCAAAUACUGGUCUGCUCAAAUCUCGGAUUUCCGACACAUGUCUCGCCCGGUUUCAGAGGAAGUCCCAUUAGGCUGCUGGGGGUGCGUCUCCUAGUGGCCAGCAGGGGAGGAGCCCCGAACGUUAGGCUAAACCAUCCUUCGCAAUUCGCACGGUGAAACUAGUCCGCUAGCAUUCGUUGAUUCGGGCCGCGAUAAACGAAAGUCGACCAUGCUGCUUUGGGGUUGUGGAUUCCCCGCUGCCAUUGGUCAACCGUCCUCCACUGCUUUUAGCGCUUGGGGAUGCGAGGGAGGCGUGCAGAGCGAGAUCGAGGGCCUGAGGUCGGGAAUUACGGGCCCGUUUUUCGACGCCUGAGCGAUCGGGCUCUUGUACCGCCGGAGACCCGUUGUUGCCUUGGAUUUGGAUGCGGUCCAACCUGCCAUUUUCACGAGGAUACCGAGUAACCAGCAAAAUAUCGUGAUCAAGAUGCCGACUUUAACGGAAUCGUCGUCUGCCUCGUCGAGGCUCUCCUCGCCGUCUUGGACUUCCACGGCAUCAUCCAGCUCGUCAAGGUCGAGUCCGUCGGACGACCUGGCAGUCCCCUUGAAUCUGCCCUACAGAUCGACCCAACCCGCCGCGCAACAGUCGACAUUCCUCUUCAUCGACUCACAAGCCGACCACGCGACCAACAAGAAGCUCCGGACCCAAAAGCAGGGCUUUCUCCUUAAAAACUACCACCGCCGCAAGAAGCAGGCGUCCAUCCAGCGGCUCAAGGCGCCCUCCAAGGCAGCCGGAGAUGCCCCCAGUAACCGUCUGCAGAUUGGAUACUCGAGCAACGAGCAGUUCAUUUCGCAGGAUACGGACUCUACUAAAGAGAACGCGAACGAUGGAUGGGUCGAUGAACGCGAGAUUUCGAACGCGUCUUCGAACCCAAGUGCCCUGCGGUCGGAGAUGUGGUCGCUCAAGGCGUUCCUCAGCCAGGGCUACGUCGAUCCGUUCGCUGCGUCCGCGGUGAAGAUGACGGAUUCGAUGAAUCUGUACUUCCAUCACUUCAGAAUCCACACAAUCGCAGCAUGCUACCCCCUCGACGCUACACGGAUGAGCCAGUGGUGGUGGCAAAAGGCCAUCACACAGCCAGCCCUACUACAGGCUCUCUUGUUCUUAACGGCCGGCCAUCAGGCGACAUUGGAGUCUAGCAAUGGUGUUUCGUCCCGUGUUAUCCAAAAGUCAAUGCGGGAUAUGCUUCAUCUGCGCGGCGACACGCUCAAAACCCUCAACAACAUCAUGAUGGAUCCUGUUAGGGCGGUUGCCGAGUCUACGACGCUGGUUGUUGCUUCGCUUGUUGCGAUCGAGGCCGUCGAUGCAAACGUGGAAGCCCACGAGGCGCACAUGAAGGGCCUCCGAAGGCUCGUCUCCCUGAUGGGUGGACUCGAUACACUGGACCACAUGACGCUGUCCAAGAUCUACCAGAGCGACGUCAAAAGCGCCGCUCUCUACAACACGCGCCCCGUCUUCCCCAUCUCCGCGCGCUGGCGCAGCGAAAUCCUCCAAGACAGCCGCCUCUUCCUCACCCACGAUGAACUCGACACCUCGAAAGACCUCGCCGCCCUCGGAACCUCCUUUUUCAGUGCCGCCUGGUAUCCAACCCUUGAGCCAAGCAUGAAGACCUUCAUCCAGGUCAUGCAGCGCCUAAUCGCCUACUACGAACACGCACAACGGCACCCCUCCUCCGUAAUGCCCACAGACAACGACCUCUUCCUCGUUAUGGAACACCAGCUCCUGUCCGCCUGCUACGCCACAACCGAUCCAACGGACAUCAACGAGCCCCUGCGCCAGACCCUCAUCGUCUACCUGAACCUGCGCGUCUGGCACUUCCAGUCGUUCCCCUUUAUGCAGUAUAUGGUUGAAGCCUUGCGCACAGCGCUCGAGGUCCCGCUCGCGCACCUACAGGCCGAGACGCCCGAGCUGCUCUUUUGGAUGCUGGUCAUUGGGAGUCUCGCGUCGCAGGGGUACAAGUGUCAUCGGUGGUUCGUUAACGCGUUGAGCGAUGUGGUUGAACGGUUGGGGCUAGGCGAGUGGGAUGCAGCGAGGCGUGUGCUCGCGACGUACUUUUAUACGGAGCAGGUGAGCGAGAAGAGGGCUGAGGAGGAUCUGUGGAAUGAGCUGCUGCUCAAGGCGUCUUAUUCGUACAUUGCGCCGAGGCCAACGUGACGGGGUAAAGAUGGAUCCUGCUAGAUGAGGAAUCUCAUCCUGGCAACCAUGCUUUCUCCGGAGGGAUCGAAAACUUCUGGCGAAAUUGUUUGGAAAAGACUCCGCGGAUCGGUGGAUGAUUUUUCCGCCGAAACAUCUGGAAGAAUGAAAUGAAUAGACACGAAUCAGCGUUCACUGGGAUUAGGGACAGGACAAGGCGUUUUUUAUUAUUAUUAUUAUUUUUUCUUGGCAGAAGUACUUGUGAGAUUGCAAUAACUGCGAGGAAAUUUGACGAAUUGAGAUUGCGACUUUCUUUUCCUUACGUGAUGCUGAGCCUCAUGACCUGUACGCCUACGCCGUCCUCGUAGGAAUCGGACUAGCACCGAGUAUAGAUAAGGAUUGGAAGCAUGGCAGCGGCGCAUGGACCCCCUGCAAGCCUCGAUGCUAACGCCUACGCACCUGACACAUGCCAUGGCGUGUGCACCAUCUCGGGACCCGGGGCCCGGGGUCUGGGAAGUUCGGACGUCGGACGCCUUGCGCCUGACGUCAGGGCCCUCGUUAACCGUUCUCCAACUACAUCCGCAAGGGUGGAGCUUCCUGUCUGCUGUACGAUAAGGUUCAACGGUUUCUGCCGCGAUGGUUGCUAAGCGUUGACUGUGACGAAGCCAAGGAUUACCGAGCAUCUGGUUGUUGGGUUGGUGAAGUGCCAGACAGCUGGGCCAUCACAGGUCACAUGUUACCGUCUGCUAUUGCUAUCUCUCGGCCGACCCCGGUAGCAGAUGGCUUGGUAUCAGGGCUGUUCCGAUGCAUCGUCCUUCGCGAAGGGCACGGCCGGGGCCCACUUCCUGGACCCGAGCAGUGCAUUCGAACCGCCUUCUAGAAGUUCUGUACUAGUAGGAGCCUCCUCCACAAGGAGCCGUCGGCGGAUUCCAAGCGCGAGGGUCAUCCAAUCAUGCUGAUGGUGCGUCCCAACUAACCACAGAGUGCCGGAUGACAGGAGGUGGGAGUGGCACUAGUAUGGUCGAGGGCUAUGGACUCACCAGCGGAGGAUACUGUUGUCAUAAACGUGGGCAUCUCGUCUCUAGGUUUGGAAGUCUAUCUACAUGUACAGUAAAAAGUGACUAGUUCGAGUGGCGUCGUGUGGUCGGUCGAUAGCGAUCCCCUUCCUACUAUCUACAACGCGUACUUACAAGGCUAGCAGCGUCUUAGUUGCCGGCGAUGGUUCCGAA